AUGACUCAAGAUGAAGUGUAUUCGGAGGCAGUCAACCUGGUGUUUGCCGGCCCGGGUAGCGUAGCUGCAGCUCUAACAGCCAUGGUCUACCAACUAGGAACGCAGGAAGGCCUCCUAUGGCAGGAGAAACUACGAAAAGAGGCUGAUCUCGACGCGCUCUCAUUCUCUUUAGAGCUUCAAGCGGUUGUUAAAGAGACGUUGCGUCAUUGCGCCUCUUUCCCGACGGCCUUUCCACGAGUCAUCAGACCUGGUGCCGAAAAUAUAGCCUCCGGCCUACCAGCUCCACUCCCCAUCGGUACCACUGUGUCGGCAAAUACCUAUGUUUUAGGCCGGUCGCGUAGAAUAUGGGGUGACGAUGCAGACCAAUGGCUUCCGCAGCGAUGGCUAGGGGACGGGUCACAACGUCGGGAGAUGGAAGCCAAACUGGUGGCUUUUAGUAAAGGGUCGCGAAGCUGCGUCGGUAAAGACUUGGCCUGGCUGGUCCUUGCAAAGGCAGUCAUGGCCAUCAUUCGACGCUGGAAGUUUGUAAGCGUAGGAGAGCUUCGGGGGAAGAGUUUCUUGGAAAUGCAGUAUGACGAAUGUUGGAUUGAGUAUGAAAAAUUGGGGUGCAGAUGUUGA